AUGCCGCGCUGCCUCAUGGCCAAGAAGUGGAAGGUGGCUCCAGCGGGGGAACUGGUUGAGUCUGAUGAGGAGAUCGACGUGGUCGGCGAGGGGCGCGGCCGGAGCCCCGCACCCGCCGCCACCGCGCCGGGCCCUUCACCUCGCGAUCCAGAACCGACGCUACUCUACAACGGUAAGCACACCUUCAUUAUUUUUAUUGUCAAUACCCUGGCGCGCCGCACAACUAUGGGACCAGCCACAUAA